AUGAUGCUCUGGAAGCUGCUGUGUAUCGUCACCCUCGUGGCGGUACUAUCCACAUGCCAUGCGCAGCAAAUUGAAAGGGAUAAACGGGCGAUAGAGAAUUAUCCACAACCCCAAAGAGCAUUUGAUGGAUAUUACUACGAAACACCUAAAAUACCUUUAACUUUACCUCCUAUAAGAGAGGAUACAACAAAACCCACAAUACAAACGAAAAAGACGUAUCCAACGAUAAAACCACCUACGACAACAACGCCAACAUAUUCGUAUCCAACUCCGGGGACCCGAUUAACUUAUCCAUCAAGUCCGAAAACGACCACCAGGCCACCACCAAUUACUUUCACGACUCCGCCGAGUACGACGCCAGGAUAUUCAUAUCCAACUCCGAAGACACCAUUAACUUUUCCACCAAGUCUAACGACGACCACCAGGCCACCACCAAUUACUUUCACGACUCCGCCGAGUACGACGCCAGGAUAUUCAUAUCCAACUCCGGAGACACCAUUAACUUUUCCACCAAGUCUAACGACGACCACCAGGCCACCACCAAUUACUUUAACGACUCCGCCGACUAAGACGACAAAAUAUACGUAUACAACUCCGAAGACAUCUAGACUAACUCCUCCAACGACACCCAAGAUAUCAACCGUUCAGACGACACCACAUCCAGGAUAUAUUAUAUCAACGCCAAAGAAUCCUUUAACUUUGCCACCUACGUCGCAGAGUACGACGAGAGCAACUUAUCUUCCACCAGACACGGGAACUCCGUUCGUUUCAAAGAGCACCACGUCAUAUACACCGUCUAUACCAUCCACUAGGCCUGAUCCUUAUCUCCCGCCAUCAUCCGAAAAACCCACCUAUUCCACUAUAACUGCUCCUCCUUAUCCUACGCCACGGUAUACCUCAACACCGAGCACACCAACUUACGAACCACCAACGGGAAAACCUGCUCCUACCCCUACUUUACCUCCGGUAACUUUCAGACCUACAGGUUACAAUUAUCCGAUCCCUGAUAUAUUCUUCGAUUUUCGCAAACGAUGA